AUGUCUCUCCUUCUCCCUGGACAGCCGCUUCCUAACCCAGGCCAUGGCGCAACAUUACAGUAUGGCGGAGGCACUUAUGCAAGAGAUGGAAUCCCUCGAUCCUCUGUCGUGGGUGAGAUUGAAAAAACCGGCGGAAAUGUGUCUAUUUCGCUUCCACGAACCAGACCUAGUCCUCCCAAUCCGACUUCGGUAGUGUUAGGAACCGUUAUCCGAUUGUCGCCGGCUCAAGCGACUGUCGCCAUUUCUGUGGUAGAUGGCGUUCCACUUCCUGCUGGGGAGGAGUUCACAGGUGUUAUACGCGUGCAGGAUGUGCGAGCCACGGAGAAAGACAAAGUAAAAAUAAUGGACUGCUUCAGAGGAGGAGACGUCAUUCGCGGCAUUGUUAUAUCGUUGGGAGACGCGAAGAGCUACUACUUGACAACAGCAAGAAAUGAUCUCGGAGUAAUUUUUGCAACCAGUGAAGCUGGUGCCACGAUGGAACCUGUCUCAUGGCAAGAGAUGAGAUGUCCUCGCACCGGCCAAAUAGAGAGACGUAAAUGCGCUAAACCUGAUGGACUGUGA